GAGUUUCCGCGCUUGCGCGUCCAUUCGCGCCUGAGAGCGUCUGUGGGGCCGCGCUCAUUUCGUGGCAACUUCACGUUUCGAGAUAAUUCGUGUGGUUUCAGGGCGUAGUGUUCAGAUCGCGGGGAAUCGUUAGCUCGCUGCUUUCCAGCAAUUUCAACGUGUCGAGUUGUGAACGAGAUCGCGAGAGAGGAAGUGGUGGUUCGCACAAAGGUGAUUGCUCCGGAGGUGGUUCGCGGUCACAGUGGUGACGACACAGUGGAGAUAACGACGGUGUGUCGCGAUACGGCCGCGACACAGCGAAAAGAGCCGAAAAGGUGUAGCGAUUGGAGAGUCGUCCAGCGCAGAUACGAACAAAGAUUUGAAUAAAUAUAAACGGACGAUACGACAUUCCACUAUAAAUAUAAACUCACUUGGAAAAGUAGUCGUGCUAACUACUCAGAUCCGAUCUAGAUGUAUACCGUAGCACUCGACUCUGCGCCACUAGCGGCGAUUUUUUAACUAACUGGUUUGUUCGUAUGUGUGGUGGACGACUGUCCAAUCUCUACACAGGAAUUCGUGUAUACGCGUACAUGCGAUGUUAGCCGCCGCACAAUCGAGCAAGCUCACGCGACGUGUUACAUUAUUUUCCCGGCGCGUCUACGCGCCACUCCGAUGUGAGUGCGAUCUUCGCUCCGUGUUUCGGUAAAUCGUCACGGUAAUCGAAUAAACCAUCGUCGCCGCCGCCGCAGUAGCAGCAGCAGGCACGUCCACGCAUCAUCAUGUUCUGGACGAAUAAUUACGUGUCAUCGCCGCAUAUCGAGGCAUUGCUCAGCAAGGAGGAUGUUACUCUGCACGAGUUGAUGGACGAGGAGGAUAUCCUGCAGGAAUGCAAGAGUCAGAACAAAAAGCUGGUCGAGUAUCUCACGAGGCCAGCUGUCAUGGAAGAGUUAGUGACAUUAACUACUAAAGAACCAUCCAUAGACAUCGAAGAACGUUGGCGUUAUAAAUAUCCUAAUGUUGCCUGCGAGUUGCUCACAUGCGAUGUACCUACACUGAAUGAGAAACUGGCAGGUGAUGAGGCACUUUUGGCCAAAUUAUAUUCUUUCAUAGAUACUGAUCAGCCAUUAAAUCCACUACUUGCAUCAUUUUUCAGUAAAACUCUUGGAGUACUUGUUGCUCGUAAAAGUGACCAGAAUUGGUAUUCCUAUCAGUUCACAUGCUUACAGGUUUUAGAGUUUCUUAAGAGUCGUCAGAAAUGUGUAGAUCUACUGUUACGGCACUUAGAGACUUCUGCUAUUAUGGACUUAGUGCUAAAACUUGUUACUCAGGUGGAAGGCAGUGAUAUGCGUCAAAACAUAUUGAACUGGUUAGAUAGUCAACAUUUAGUGCAGAGACUGGUAAAGCUGUUAGCACCCACUUCAGAGCCAACCAAACACGCUAACGCGGCGCAAUUACUUUGUGAUAUGGUGACGGUGGCGAGGGAGACUCAACGUACAUCCACAGAACGCGCCGAUCCAGAUCCUAUUUUGAAUACUCUAGAAUCAGGAGAAACUGUGAGCCUAUUAUUAGAGACUAUCUUAACUGGAGAAAAACUAGAAAGUAGUAUCGUCGGUGGAAUACAGGUGCUUUUGGUACUUCUAGGACAAAAAGCUAACAAUGUGUUGAACGAGGGAGAUGUUCACGGUAACAGCGAAGAUGUCGCGGAUAACGAGCAACGUAUUAAAAUUUCGGACGCAACCAUACCAUAUCUGGAGCAUCUUCACAAACUUCUUCUAGAUCCACCAUACAAACCUGCAGUGAAGACAACCGUCGGACUUUUAGAAUGUCCAUUGGGAAAUACUCGUUUACAUGUAGCAAAAUUGUUAAUGGCAUUAUUAUCGACGGAGAAUUUAAAGAUCCAUGAAAGUUUAGCGAAUUUGGGAACAUUCCAAACAUUGUUGGAUCUGUUUUUCAAAUAUACGUGGAAUAAUUUUUUACACACACAAGUACAACAGUGCCUGGCCUUAGCUAUUAAUUGCGGACAUCGGGAUACUAAUGAUAUUAUUUAUAGUAAUAUAUUUAUCAAGUGCAAAUUAAUAGACAGAAUUUUAGAAGCCUGGGAUAAGAACGAGAGUAAACAGAACAAAGAAAAUGGCGUUCGGCAGGGGUACAUGGGACAUCUGAUAAAUAUCGCGAACGACAUCGUCACUCAAUGCGAGAAGAGUAAUAUAUUGGACAGUUUCUUGAAGAACAAUUUGUCACCCGAGUGUCUUAGUAAGUGGGAGAAACUUGUGAGUACACAGUUGGUGGAAAUCAAUAAAAUUCAUCAAACUGUAAUGAUGGGUGAUCAGAAUCAAGUGUACCUGAUGAGCUCCGAGGAGAAUCCGGACGAGUACAAUUCUUAUUCGCAAGAGGCGUACAUCCAACAGAUGUACACCAACUAUCAGGGCCAGCAAAUAACACCACCUUUCAUCGAGAAUUUUGGGUUCCACGACGAUGAGUUCAACGACGGCGACGACGCGCUUCAUAAUCCAGUUGACCAAUUAACAACGUUGGCCUUUACUCUCAGUGAAGAAGAUCUCGACAAGCGAGAAGAUAUGUUCAAUAAGCUGUGCCAACAAAAGCAGAAAGCCGGCCUCGAGGAUUGCGGCGGUGGAGUGGAGUGGGGUGACGAGGGCGAGCUGACGUUCCAAACCGUAGUGGAUAAACGGGAUUGGCAUUCGAAGCAACAGCAUCAAGAUUCCAGUUCAUCGGACGAGGACGACGAGGACGCGCGCGAUAUGCACAUGGAAGUCGACACGACUGAUCCUUGGGACACUACCGAGCCGUUGACUUCUAGUACCGCGCUUCCCCCGGUUAAUCCGUGGGACGUGGUUCCGUCGGAGCCGGUGGAGUCUACCGGCUGGGCCAAUUUCGAUAAUUUCGAAAAUUCCUUAAAUAUAGAGAAUACUGCGAGCGAGGAUAAGAAGCCGCGCGACGAUGAACUUAAAGAGAAAGUGUCGGAAACGAUCGCGGACUCGAAGGAGAAGGACACGACGACUAGCGAGAACGUCGAGGACGACAACGAGAAGGAGAGCAAAGACUCGGCGAACACUGAAGUGACUGGAUCAGGUAUGCCGUCCAAUACGGAAACCAACCUCAACAGUAAGAGCGACGAGAACAAGACGAUCCUCGCUGACAAAAACGCUAAUCCCAGCAAACCGCCGGCUACCAGCAGCGACGUCAAGGGCGCGGAGGAGGCCAAGGCCACGACGGCGGAAGACGCGAAGGACGCGGCAGCGGGCGAGAAGCCGCCGCCGGCCGAGCAACAGGACUCAGACGUCCCGAAGAACACACCUGCCGCCACCGACUCCGUGCUAAUGUCGAAAGACGCCAAGUGAAACACCGUUUCCCUCCCAUUCUCCCCCCCACCCACCCUGCCUAUGUUAGACGAGAUAUGGCAAUAGGAAGAGAAAAUCAUAUCAGUAUCGAGUCGUACGAGAACGAUCGGAGCAUAUUACGCCUCUAUUUUCAUUAGACACCACGUGUUGAUUAUGUGCUUUAAAGGGAAGAAAGAAGAAACAAAAAAAAUGGAAAGUGUGUGUUGACGCUGGGCACAGUAUAGUCCCGUUGCAGGGUAUCUCAAAUAAAUACGAAUGCCGAACCUACCAUCGACGCUCAACUACCAUUUAGCGGAUAAUUUGAUGUUUAUUACAUAUACUAUAUAAAUAUAUAGGUACAUCCUGUCCCCUCUCAACCCCACCCCCUUUCCCGGAUGGCCAACGUCUGCAGGUAUUCCCGCGAAAGUGAAGUCCCUCCCGCGUAUAUUUUACGACUGUAUUGUUAAGAGUUUCGUAAAACUGUUAUUUAUACGUAACCGAUGAACUGUUCUCCGUUCAAAAUGGAAGAGAAGAAGGAGGAAAAACAGCGAAAGAACAAAAAGAAAAGGGGACAAAUCGCAACUUCUCAGUUCGCGCCAUACAUGGUCUAUAAACGAGGAGACAGAGAGAGAGAGAGAGA